GCGUCUGUCGUCACCGAACCACGUGUCCUGCACUGAUAGUAUAUCUUAUAGCUACUGGGAAAAGUAAUCUAUCAGACAGCCCUUUUAAAGCUCCGGCCCUAAAAGCAGCAUGUGUCACCACGGCUCGCCUCUCCAAAUAUCACAGCUGUAGGAAUUACAUAUUCUCAGUAGACGCAGAGGAGAAGACGGGACGCCGCCGUGCGCAACAUCACCCAACAACUUUCCAGGCAAGACGCGCGGCUUCACACACGGGCCUGCCUCACUCACCGAGUGGGGGAAUAUUUGCAGAAGUUAAAGCCGCUCUUUGGCUUGACUGGCUGCUGCCUCAACCGCAUUUAGAUUUUGGGAGACAUCUGAUCUCUUGACAGGAGCGACGAGAAGUCCGGCAGCAGUUACGGCUCUCUGUGCGCUCUGCUCUCGCCUGAAGACGCAUCACACCCGGCUGCUGCUCCGUUGUUUUAGGCUCAAGAAGACUUGUUUCUUAUUUUAAUAUUUUAAAAGAAGAAGAAAAAACAAAAAACAAUAAUAAUAAAUAAGUGUGAGUAAGCCGUGAGAUGACCCUGUCUGGAGGCAGCGAAAGAGCCAGCGACAUGUCCGGUCAAACUGUGCUCACAGCGGAGGACGUGGACAUCGACGUGGUGGGCGAGGGAGACGAGGAGGGCAUGGAGAGGGUGGACAGCGACUGCGACAGCCCGGGCACAGGCAUCCUGCACGACCUGCGGGGAGAAGUAGGGGAUGAUGAUGUGGAGGAUGAGAUCGAGGUGGAGAAGGAGGAGGACGAAAUGAGGUCCGGCGGAGGGAGCCCGUGCUGCGAGAGCUCCGGGGAAGGAGAGGCUGGCACCGGGAAGGGAGAGGGUCACGACGGGAGCGCAGCGUCGGGAGGAGCGAUGAAGUCCAAGAGCAGCAUGGUGAAGCCGCCUUACUCCUACAUCGCGCUCAUCACCAUGGCCAUCCUCCAGAGCCCGCAGAAAAAACUCACCCUCAGCGGCAUCUGCGAGUUCAUCAGCAACCGCUUCCAGUAUUACCGGGAGAAGUUCCCGGCGUGGCAAAACUCCAUCCGCCACAAUUUGUCUCUGAACGACUGCUUCGUGAAAAUCCCGCGGGAGCCCGGUAACCCAGGCAAGGGCAACUACUGGACCCUGGACCCCGCGUCAGAGGACAUGUUCGACAACGGCAGCUUCCUCAGGAGGAGGAAACGGUUCAAGAGGGUUCAGCCGGACAUGCUCAGGGACCAGACUGCGCUCAUGAUGCAGAGUUUCGGCGCGUACAGCCUCGGGGGCCCCUACGGGAGACACUACGGGAUCCACCCGGCUGCCUAUUCUCAUCCGGCCGCUUUGCAGUAUCCCUACAUCCCACCCGUGGGCCACAUGCUGCCGCCCGGCGUCCCGCUCCUGUCCUCGGCGGAGCUGAACAGAAAAGCCUUCAACGCCCAGCUCAGCCCGAGUCUGCAACUCCAGCUCAACAGUCUGAGCACGGCGUCCAUGAUCAAAUCAGAGCCGUCAAACAGACCGUCCUUCAGCAUAGAGAACAUCAUUGGGGUCUCCAGCGCCUCCUCGUCCUCACCUCAGGCGUUCCUGCGGCCUCCGGUGACUGUUCAGUCGGCCCUGCUGAGCGCGCAGUCCCUGUCUCUGACCCGGACCUCAGCCGCUAUCGCUCCCAUCCUCAGUGUGCCGUCAAAUCUAAUUUCAGGACACGUUUUACCGUCAGCGACGGCGGCGGCAAUGUCCAAGUGGUCGUCACAAUGACUUUUACAGAAGAAAUAACGAGGACAAACAUUAAAAUAGACUCUUAUUUUUAUAUAGAGACAUUAUAACUGGGGGAAAGUGUGAAGAGCACAAAUCAAUAGGUAGCACUGGACUCUGUAGCCAUGUAAAGACUGUCCAAAACAGAGAAAAACAAAAAGAAGAAGAAAUAUUUCUGUACAGGUAAUAUUUGUAAAUAUUUGUAGAAAAAAAUAUUAAUUUUACCUGUUUUGAUUUUUACUUGUCCCUUUUUUGUUGUUGUUUGGUCUGUAAUAAUUAUUUUGCAUUUUUCUUUUUUUGUAUUGGAAGCUCAAGUGGACCCAUUUUUGACUUCCUUUUUUCAUACGAGACACAAAAAGCUCUGGAAAAUAGAUUGUUUAUAAUUAAUAAUAAAGAAGGUCAACCAUAUGUAAUUCUAUGUAGCUAUAUUGUGUUGUAAACUGAAUUUAUUUGUAAAUAAAUCCAAGAAAUAAUUAAAAAAACAUUUUUUUCAUUA